UUUAGUGUUGUACCUCACAGUCGGUCGCCGUUCAUACGUCGUUUUGUCGAAAUUAUACAUAUUGCUUUAUUUAUUUAUUUAGUAUUAUUCGCCUUUAUGAUCAUCUGCUCAUAAAAGAUUGCACUAUUAUCAAAGAAGUACUGAGUGACAGCACUGUGUGAAGAGGAUGCGUUAUUGGGGCGAGCUCCCGGUGGCUUCGGCUCCCUCAGGCCGCAGCUCUUUUGACCUCCUGCAGCGCGAGUUCCGCCAGGUGGAGAUGCAAGACCCUCCCCUGCACCAACCUUCUGCACAGCGUCCACGUCCCACCACCAUGCUGGAUAUCCCCUCUGAGCCCUGCAGCCUCACGAUCCACACUGUGCAGCUGAGCCAGCAUGCUCGUCGUCUCCGGGGUCUCAUUGCUGCUGCCCAGCAAGGCCAGCAACCCCUGUCCACAUUAGUAGAUGCCCAGGGUGUCUUGAAACCCGAGGACGGGGAUGCUCUACCUCCCCGGCCUGCCACACCAACUGUACCUGAUGAUCUGCUUCCACUGGAUAGUAAAGCUCCUCGACAGCCAUUCCAAUUACGCCAUAGUGACCCAGAGAGCGACUUCUACAAAGGUAAAGGUGAGCCAGUCACUGAGUUGAGCUGGCCAUCCUGCCGUCAGCUUCUGUACCAGUCGGUCGCCACAGUGCUCGCUCACAUUGGAUUCGAGUCGGUGAAUGAGAGCGUGCUGGAGACUUUGACCGACCUGGCCCAUGAACAUUACCUGCGGAUCACCAAAUUGCUGCGCGUAGCUGUUGACAGGGAGGCCUGCCAGGGCUCUACACCCUUCCCUGAUGUGGUGGAACAGGUAUUCCAUGAGUUGGGCAUUGGCAGCGUCCUAGCGCUCCAGCACUUCUGGCAGACCCGCAUUAAAGAUUACCACAGCUACAUGCUGCAGGUCAGUAAGGAGCUCUCAGAAGAGUAUGAGAGACUCGAAUCCAGAAAAAGCUCUGGAGGAUUCCAAACCCUUGAAGGUUAAAGAGGAGCCAGUGAGUGACAUUGCGUUCCCUAUAAGUGAGGUGCCGGAAGCAGAUCUCGCCUCAGGUGACCAGGCCCUUCCCA